UUCAUUUGUUUUUAGGAGAGCAUUUAAGUUAGUCAAGAGUUAAUUAAGUGAUAAAAAAUGACGAAAAAUGUAAUGAUGAUAGAGAAAGAAGCAAAUGUUGGUCUUAAGGCGAGAACUGUCUUGUGGUAUUUGACAUUUUUUGGAUUUGCCAUUAAUUAUAUUAUUCGGAUAAACAUUUCAAUUGCUAUCGUUGACAUGAUCAAUCCAAAUUACAAGAGAUCAUCGAGUAAUAGGACGAUAAUAACUUCAGAAUGUAUUGUCGUGAGCAACACGUCAAAUUCACCGGAAUUAAGUAAUGAAAGCAAUUUAGAAGGCAAUUUGAAAUAUGUUUCAAUAGAACGACGUCUGCUAGAUUUUUUGGAGAUUGAUUACGAUCCCAAAGGCUUUCAAUGGGAUGAACAUCAGCAGUCUAAAGUUUUAGGGUCUUUCUUUUGGUUACAUUGGGUGACACAAGUUCCUGGUGGGAUUUUUGCAGCAAGAUAUGGAACAAAGUUUGUUUUCGGCUUUGCCAACUUCAUUGCGUGUCUUAUGUGCUUUUUCAUGCCAAUCGUUUGUUAUUUGGAUUAUCGAUGGAUGGUUGCUUUUAGACUUGUACAAGGAUUUAUUGCUGGUGUAGCAUGGCCGGCAAUGCAUCAUUUGACCGGCAAAUGGAUUCCACCAAAUGAGAGAAGUAAGUUUGUCACAGCUUAUCUUGGAAGUUCAAUUGGUGUUGCUGUCGCUUAUCCCAUCUUUGGAUUUAUAAUCAAAGCAAGUUCAUGGGAGUGGGUGUUUCACUCUUGUGGUAUUGCUGGUAGCAUCUGGUUCAUCUUUUGGCUUUACUAUGUUUACGAUUCACCAGAAAACCAUCCAAGAAUUCAUGCGAAAGAAAAAGAAUACAUUUUGAAGUGUCUAGGUUCAUCGGUCAUUCAGAACAGUAAAGAAAAGCGAAACGUUCCAUGGAAAGCAAUUCUAACAUCGAAAGUUGUUUGGAUUAAUACUUUAGCACAAUGGGGUGGUAUUUGGGGACUUUUUACUCUUCUUACACAAGCUCCAACAUAUUUCCGAUUCAUUCAUGGUUGGGGAAUUGAAAUGACUGGAAUCUUAUCAGGUCUUCCACAUUUAAUGCGCGUCGGCUUUUCAAUGGCUUUCUCAAGUCUCGGUGACUAUCUUUUGUCAACCAAUAAAAUGUCGAGAAAUAACGUCAGACGAUUAGCAGCAUUUUUCAGUUUGGUGUUAAAUGGAUUUGCUGUCCUUGCAAUGGCUUAUACUGGAUGUAGUGUAACUACUGCAGUUCUUUUCUACACCAUGUCUCUUUCACUGCACGGUGCAGUCUCAACAGGCGCUUUAUCAAGCAUCGUCGACAUUGCACCAAACUACGCUGGAAUCACGAUGGGACUUACAAGUUCCAUUGCUAUCAUAUCUGGAUUUGUUUCACCGAUUGUCGUUGGCUAUAUGACGUUUGAAAAUCAAAGUAUCGUUGCAUGGCAACACAUCUUUCAACUUUGUGCUGCAAUGCUAUUUGUUACCGGGAUUAUUUACAUCUGGUUCAAUGACACGUCAAUUCAACCAUGGAACAAAAUAAAACAAGAUUCUGAACCACCAAAGGAACUUUUACCACUCUACUUAGAGCUUGACGAUUGUGAAACAAAAAAGAUGAUAAAGAAGGAAAAUGAACUUGAAAUGAACACUCGAAGUUAAUCUCAGUUACGCAAUUGUCGACUUAUCUUUUCUCAAAAGAUUUAAAAUACUUGAGUUAGUUGUAUGUGAAAACUUUUUUAAAUGAAGCAC